AUGCCCGCAUCACUGAAAACAGAAUUCUUGGGCCAGAGCUUUGAAAAUCCUUUUAUGAACGCGUCUGGCGUCCACUGUAUGUCUAAAAGGGAGUUGGACGAGUUAAAAAAUUCUGGAGCUGGCAGUUAUAUUACCAAGAGUUCAACCACGUUGUCAAGGGAGGGAAAUCCCGCACCUCGCUAUCAUUCAGUCCCACUGGGAAGCAUAAAUUCUAUGGGUCUGCCUAAUGAGGGUUUCGAUUAUUACCUCGAUUAUGUUCUUCAGUACCAGAAAGAAAACCCCGAGAACGUCCCUCCAUUCUUUUCUGUUGCCGGAAUGAGCUUGAACGAAAAUCUGGAGCUGCUAAAGAAAAUUCAAGACAGUGAAUACCGCGGCAUAACAGAACUCAAUCUGUCGUGUCCAAAUGUUCCUGGCAAACCGCAAGUUGCUUAUGACUUUGAAAUAACUAAGGAAAUUCUCACCAAAGCCUUUGAAUUUUUCAAGAAGCCAUUAGGUGUAAAACUACCACCUUACUUCGAUUUUGCGCAUUUUGAUAUAAUGGCAAAAAUUCUCAACGAAUAUCCCCUAGCAUAUGUCAAUUGCAUAAACAGCAUUGGGAAUGGCCUUUAUAUUGAUAUUGAGAGGGAAGCGGUUGUCAUCAAGCCAAAAGACGGAUUUGGCGGCCUCGGUGGUGAGUACGUCAAGCCUACUGCCCUUGCUAAUGUUCGAGCGUUUUAUACACGCUUAAAUCCAAGUAUCAGAAUAAUUGGAACGGGUGGAAUCAGAACAGGGCAAGAUGCAUUUGAGCACAUUUUAUGCGGGGCUACAAUGCUUCAAGUUGGGACAGAACUAUACAAAGAAGGGGCCUCUAUUUUUGAGCGCCUGGGGAAGGAGCUUAAAGAGAUAAUGGAGAAAAAGGGAUACAACUCAAUCGAAGAGUUCCGUGGUAAACUGAACAACUUAUAA